AUGUGCUACCACUCGCGUUGGUUUGCAAAAGUGUGUGCGGUUGUCAUUUCCCCUGUAUGUGUUUCCAGCAUAGCGCAACAGACACCUUUUCUCACUGACGGACAUCAGAAAUCAUCGAAGAGUGUCAUCGACCUCGGCGCAGAUGACCCGGACGCUGUCGCGGCAAUGAUGCAGUAUUGCUACCAGCUGGAUUACACGGACCGUUUGUCUGGCUCCGACAUUGCUGUGCCCGAAGACGUUACUCUGCGCUCUCACGUCGACGUCUUCAUGCUCGCUGAGCGUUACGGUAUCUCUGGGCUAAAGCAAGUUGCACUCCAAAAGUUCGAAGACCUUGCUGCUAUGGUGUUGAUGUUUGAUGGCAAUGAAGAACAACUUUUGCAGGCAAUACGUGCCAUGUACGCCCCAGCACGUAGAUCUAAUGCAGAUGACCUCAAGCACGUGGCUAUCAAGCUAUGCGCUGAUCAUGUCGAAUCUUUUAUCCAUGGAACUGAAAAGACAAUGGCAAUGGUCUUCGAGUCAAUGGACGAGCUGCCAGAGUUUAGAGCAGACCUAUUUGAGGAGAUGGCAGGGCGCUGGAAGUGA